UAAUCCUUUGCUCGACCGCAGACACACUAUCGCCCGAGCUGCCUCCUGGACCUGGAUGCGGGCAUCCUUUGGAUUUUGCGUUUAACAACACGGACCCCCACCGCAAAGAAAACUUAAUCGGGACAACAAUGGUGGCUGAAUGCGCGGCUGCUGGGCGUUUAGGGGACCGGGGAGUCCGCUCGGUGUGACAUUCACUUGCACGCUGGUGUGGAGUUUUUAUUGUUCUGGUCCCGUAAACGCAGAAGCUCAGCGGCGAAUCUGUUGGUGAAGAUGUUGAGCCGAUUCAUGAGUGGCAGCCUCAGGAAUCUGGAGCGGGAAUACAGCUGCACGGUCAGGCUGCUGGACGAUACGGAAUAUACGUGCACCAUUCAGCGGGAUGCAAAAGGACAGUAUCUGUUUGAUCUCAUCUGCCACCACCUGAACCUACUGGAGAAAGACUACUUUGGCAUCAGAUAUGUGGAUCCAGACAAGCAGCGGCACUGGUUGGAGUUCCCUAAAUCAAUUUCAAAGCAAAUGAAAUCUCAGCCUCCAUUCACCAUGUGUCUGAGAGUCAAGUUUUACCCUCCUGAUCCUGCUGUUCUCAAGGAGGAAAUCACUCGAUACCUGGUCUUCCUGCAACUAAAGAGAGACCUCUACCAUGGUCGUCUACUGUGCAAAACCUCGGACGCUGCCAUGCUGGCUGCCUACAUCCUUCAAGCUGAGAUUGGUGAUUACGACCCUGGGAAGCAUCCUGAAGGUUACAGCUCCAAAUUCCAGUUUUUUCCCAAGCACUCGGAGAAGCUGGAGCGCCGGAUCGCCGAUAUACACAAAACCGAGCUGAUCGGACAGACUCCUGAAACGUCAGAGCGAAAUUUCCUGCAGAAAGCCCAGAUGCUGGAGACAUAUGGUGUUGAUCCACAUCCGUGUAAGGAUGUGUCCGGAAACCCCGCUUUUCUCGCCUUCACGCCAUUUGGCUUCGUGGUUCUUCAGGGGAACAGGAGAGUUCAUUUUCUUAAAUGGAACGAGGUGUCCAAGCUCAAGUUUGAAGCCAAGACUUUCCACAUAUAUGCAAAUCAGAAGGAGGACAGAAAGAUCAUUUUAACAUACUUUGCGCCCACGCCGGAGGCAUGCAAGCACCUUUGGAAAUGCGGUGUGGAGAAUCAGGCGUUUUACAAGCUUGAAAAGUCCAGUCAGGUUCGCACAGUCUCCAGCAGCAACUUGUUCUUCAAGGGCAGCCGUUUCCGCUACAGUGGACGAGUGGCGAAAGAGGUGAUGGAGCAAAGUGCCAGAAUUAAACGUGAACCUCCUGAAAUACAUAGGUCUGGCCUUGUGCCCAGUAGGAGUUGUCCAUCUAUAACCCACGGGCCUCGGCUCAGCAGUGUUCCCCGCACACGUCGGAGAGCCGUGCACAUAUCUAUCAUGGAGGGUCUGGAGUCUUUGCGUGACAGUGCCCACUCUACACCGGUGCGUUCUUUGUCCCACGGAGAAUCUUUCAUACCCCGGUCCCGCAGCCACGCUGCAGAUGUCAGCGAGGGGAUGGCAGUCAUCUCGGACGAGGCCUACAGUCCCUCUCACAGUGUCCCUCCCACCCCGGUGGCCGAACACGGUACAGACAUGGCCGUCUCACGCCAAAUCAACGGCGCGCCCUGCAGCAUCGAGGAGGAAAAGGAGUUAGAAGCGGGCACCCCAUUGCGCGGGGAUGGGGGUGAUUUCGGGGCAGACGGUAGAGCUGCACAGGAGGGUGUGAGGGAGGACUCAACCCUGAGCGAGGUGGAACAGGUGAAUAAGUUUGUUUUAAGUGUCCUCCGCUUGCUCCUCGUCACCAUUGGACUCCUCUUUGUCUUGCUCCUUCUCCUCAUCAUCCUCACCGAGUCCGACCUUGACAUUGCGUUUUUAAGCGAUAUCCGCCAGACCCCCGAGUUUGAGCAGUUCCACUUCGAAUACUUCUGUCCCCUCAGGCGGUGGUUCGCCUGCAAGCUCCGCUGGGUGGGCGGGAUGCUCAUUAACAACUGAGGGUGCGGUCGUAGCAUCAAAAAGCCCGUUCAGGGGGUGUGAGAAGAUGGUUAGGAGUCUGGAGUGAUGAAGGACAGCGUCAUCUGAACCAAGAACCCAACUUCUCUCAUCGUCCUCCUGCAUAAAAACAAGUCGGACCUCUCCUCCUAACACCAAGCCAGGAUCUCACUCCCCCCACCUAUACUUUUAGUUGCACCCCCUCCUGCUACCAUGUCCUUUUUUCUUAGCAAAGCCUAAGGACUUUUUUUGGGGGGGGGGGUUUAAAGUCAUUUCAGGAACUUUAUUUUUACAAAUAACACAAAAGAAAAAAAACGACAUCAUAAAAAUCAGUAAGUGAGGAAAAUUGACGUUUCUGUUGAAUGGAAUAUGUGGAUAUAUUUUCUUGGAGCAGAUUAGCAUUGCUUUCAGUUAUUUAUUUCUGUCAAACAUACAGUGGUCCUUGAAAGGCUAAAUACCCCAGUCAAAAUUCAAGGUUUGUGUCAUGUAAAAAAGUCAGAGUAUGACAAAUUAUUUCUAUACUUUUUCUAACGUUAAUGUGACAUAUAUCCAGUAUUCUUCAACUAAUAAAUGAACAAAUCUGUUACGCACGAGAAAUAGUUACCAAAUAGGGCCCGCCAUUACACUAAUACUUUGUCGAAGCAGCUUUUGUCUCAGUUUCAGUACACAAAAAAUAGACAUUUCUCAGAAAUGAUUGAAAAGGUACGAUGGUAACUAUUCAGGGAGGCUGCCAAGAGGCUGGCAGGAAAAUCUGCAAAGUACUGGCUGUGUUCCAGACGUGACAACAAUCUAGUAUGAUCUCCAUGCAUCUGGAUUUAGGAGUAAGGUUGCAAAAUGAAGGCUUUUUCUCUAAAAAGAAAACAUCACUGCACAUCAAAACGCGAUACCCACAGUGAAACAUGGGGGUGGCAUAUUAGGGAUUGCAUAUUUUUUAGUUUUUAUAUUUUUCCCCAUCAGAUUUAUGUUUUCAGUUAAAUUAUGCAGGAAGAACAUCACAUGACACAUCAAAAAACCUGCCGGUUUAUCAGGGGUGUGUAGACGUUUGAGAGCCACUGUAUGUAAUGAAGGGAAGAAGAGGUAAUGAAUGUUAAUCGAGGAAGUUGAUUCGUCUUCAAGAUAUACGAGUGAGUUAGGAGUCUGAAAAGGCUAACAACUGUGAUGGAGUUAAGGUCUUUUGAUGUUGAUUCAUUAUUAUUAGAAGACAAAGAGCGAGGUAACCUCCUUAUAAGAGACAAAGAGGAAUAGCGUGAAAAGAGAGAAGGAAGGGAUGAUGAAGCGGAAAACAGACAGGGUGAUAAUCAAAUGCCAUUUUUGAAAACACAUUUAUGACUGUUUAGAUUUGUGGGGAUUAAUUAAGUCUUGUUGAACAUCCAUAUAUAGUGUUAUAGAAGAUCAGCUGAAGGAAAUGAAAGUAGUUUUCUAAUAUUUUCUAAGAAUCCAGUGAAAUUAAGCAGUAGUGUCAUGUGGCCCAGUAGUGUCUGAUCCAGUCAGAGAAAUCCUCACGAUGAGCAAAGAUUCACUGGCACUAGUAGAUACUAGUAUAGAUAGAUGUGUAAUGCUGAUGUGAUUUUAAUAAUUAAGUAAUUUGAAUGUGGUAAUUUCUUCUGUUUAUUAGAUUUUGUUUUCAUCAAAUUGAAAUUCAAUGAAUUUCAGUUACUUUUCUUUUUAUGAAGAGUUUGAUCUAUUUUGGUUUUAGCCUUGCUCUUCAGUUUCUGUACUAUACUAUUUUAGAACUGCUAGAAUAAGAGCAACGAUGUACAUUUUUGUACAAAAUAGUUUAUUUCCUAUUAUAUAUCGACAGUUUUUUUCCAUGUAUAUUUUACCAGAACUGAAAUGUUAUUUUGUUAUCGAAGAUUAAAUUAUACCUUUUUUAGCGAUGCGUUUCAAGUGAGGUCAGAUGAAUUUAUGGAAACGUGGAAGGGGUUAAAAAAAUGUGACUUUGAUCCAGAUUCACUCACCAGUUAUCACACCUUCCUUCAUUUUACCAGCAUUCAGUUUAAAGUCUGCAUUGUAUGUGCAGUUUUAGCAGAUUACCUUUAACAUUUGCUCACAUUAAAUACAAUUUAGAUAAAUCAUUAUAGUGGUGCAGAUCAUCCAAAAUGUUUUCACCUGUUUUAACUGAAAGAGAUACCAAUAACGAUAAAAGAGUAAUUUAUUUUAAUGUCUGUUACACAUCUUUACCAGGGGCUAUUUGACUGCAAGCCUGAUUCACUGCAUAAACAGACCAAUAAAUAGAAAACACUUGGUUGAUUUUUUUACUAACUUACUAAUAUUUCUGUGUCAAUAUGUUGGGCAAAACUGGGAGUGAUGUGAUUAGUAAAUUGAUAAAAAAUAUAAUAAAUCGGCAGUUUCUUUCACAAAUAUUGCCAAGUUCAUCUGCUCCAGUUUGAGCAUUUUGUUUGUCGGUACUUUAAUAACUUAAAAAGGAUAAGGAUUCGUUUGUAUUUGAGUCGAGCUGUUGACUGCUGCCUCUCGGCUUUAGGGAGCAAUAACAGUCUUGGCUGCUCGAUGGUGGGUAAAUUCUGGCUUCCUUUUUUGUAAUAUUCUGUGUGGGAACGGAAAGGAGAUUUAAAUUGAUAGCUCUGGGAAAAUGGUACAAAAGGUUGAUUUUAAAACACAGCUUGGCAAUAUAAGACAUUUUGGUCUUUUUUGUUUGUGUAAUGACUGGAGAGGUUUCUCUUUUUUAACCUCCCUGCAGCUGCUCCUUUGAAGGCCUGGUGGCGGUGCUUUUUUUCUGUCUGCUCUGGUGUGAUCCGAGCCCAUCUGUCCGUGGCGAAGCUGUAGUCCUGAUAUGGGAGUAGCAUGCUCUUUGGGAUUGUGGCUGGAUCCACUCCUGUAGCUUAUUAUCUUUCACAACUAAUGGUAACCACUGGUGCAGGCAACAUACUAUCAAACCGCCACAGCUACUCUAGCAGGCAACCUGUCAUCCACCUACAGUGGGAGCUUUUUUAUAUGAUUUCCAUCUAAUGAUGCAGCCGAUGCAAAGAUAAAGCACACUUUUCAGAA